GUUAAUAUAAUAACGAACAACAACGUUGAUAGUUGAUGAAUGUCACUCUCUCACUCUCACAGUGCACUCGCACUCAAAUCUCAACUCUUCUCCUUCGCACGUAAGAACCCAUUCAUUGCAAAGAAACUUCACGCACAAAUCAUCAAAUCUGGUUUUAACCAACACGAUCCAUUCCCCAAAACUCUCAUUGAUUCAUACGGCAAAUGUGGUCUUCUCCAAGAUGCACUCAAGCUGUUCGACUCAUUGCCUCACAGAGACCAUGUUGCUUGGGCUACUGUUCUCUCCGCUUGCAACCUCUCCAACCUCCCAUACAAAGCCUUAUCCAUCUCACGUUCCAUUCUCAAUGAAGGGUUGCAGCCAGAUCACUUUGUUUUCUCUUCCCUCAUCAAGGCUUGUGCUAACUUGGGUGAUGGUUAUAUCAAGCAAGGGAAACAACUUCAUGCUCGUUUCUUGCUUUCGCCUUACUCUGAAGAUGAUGUUGUUAAGUCUUCCCUUGUUGAUAUGUAUGCCAAAUUUGAGUUGCCUGAUUAUGGGCGUGCUGUUUUUGAUUCGAUUUUUACGUUGAAUUCAAUUUCUUGGACUGCAAUGAUAUCUGGGUAUGCGCGAAGUGGACGAAAGGUUGAGGCUUUACGAUUGUUUCGUCAAUCUCCGUUUAAGAAUUUGUAUGCUUGGACUGCUUUGAUAUCUGGGUUGGUUCAGAGUGGGAAUGCAACUGAUGCGCUUUACUUGUUUGUUGAAAUGAGGGGUGAAGGGGUUAGUAUUGCUGACCCGUUAGUUCUUUCUAGUGUGGUUGGUGCUUGUGCUAAUUCAGCUGUUUGGGAGCUUGGAAAACAGAUGCAUUGUGUAGUCAUAACCCUUGGCUAUGAGUCUUGUUUGUUUAUAAGUAAUGCACUUGUAGAUAUGUACGCCAAAUGCAGUGACCUUGUUGCUGCUAAAUAUAUAUUUUGUGAGAUGAGAAGAAAGGAUGUUGUUUCUUGGACUUCGAUAAUUGUUGGCACUGCUCAGCAUGGGCUGGCUGAGGAGGCCUUGGCUUUGUAUGAUGACAUGGUUUUAGCCGGGGUUAAACCAAAUGAGGUGACUUUUGUUGGGUUGAUCUAUGCCUGCAGUCAUGUUGGUCUAGUUAGCAAGGGCCGUGCUUUGUUCAAGUCUAUGAUCGGAGACUUUGGAAUUAGACCGUCUUUGCAGCACUAUACUUGUUUACUGGAUCUUUUUAGUCGAUCGGGAUACCUUGAUGAGGCAGAGAAUCUCAUCAGAACAAUGCCGUUCAAACCUGAUGAACCGACUUGGGCUGCAUUACUCAGUGCUUGUAAGCAGCAUGGUAACAUUAAUAUGGCAGUUAGAAUUGCUGAUAGUCUAUUGGACUUAAAACCAGAAGACCCUUCCAGCUAUAUACUGUUAUCUAAUGUAUAUGCCGGAGCUGGUAUGUGGGAGAAUGUUUCCAAGGUGCGGAAGUUAAUGGUGGUCAAGGAAGUUAGAAAAGAGCCAGGUUAUAGCUCCAUUGACUUAGGAAAGGAAAGCCAGGUGUUUUAUGCCGGAGAGGCAUCUCAACCUAUGAAAGAUGAGAUUCUAGGUUUGAUGAGGAAAUUAGAUGAAGAAAUGAGGAAAAGGGGUUAUGUUCCUGAUACUAGCUCAGUUUUACAUGACAUGGAUCAACAAGAGAAGGAAAGACAACUUUUCUGGCAUAGUGAAAGGUUAGCUCUGGCCUAUGGGCUUCUUAAGGCUGUUCCAGGGACUACUAUACGUAUAGUGAAAAAUCUUCGUGUUUGUGGAGAUUGUCACACUGUGUUGAAGCUCAUCAGCACUAUAACUAGUAGGGAAAUUUAUGUUCGGGAUCUCAAAAGAUAUCACCAUUUUAAGGAUGGGAAUUGUUCAUGUAAUGACUUCUGGUGACUUGAGAGAAUUUCCACAGAUUUGACUUUGAACAACGGCCCUUACUGUUGAAGAAUGCUAGCGUGAGGUGCAAAACAUAACAUUACAUGCUAUUAAAGGUCAAAUUGGGUGUUUAUAUGUUCUAAGAGCCUGGUCUAUGUUAUUAUGGGUAUUCAACCUUAUGCAUGGCCUGUACUAUUCAUUUGACAUGAUACAUGUGCUCAAGAGUUGACAAAAAUUGUGUUAAGGGCCUUCUUGUUUUGUAAUAUUUUAUGGGUUAACUUAUGUGUGCAAGAACUCAUGUUGGAUCAUGUUCUUUGCUUCUAUAUGUCAUAGCAGGAAGACUGAGAAGAGCACCAAAAUUUAGGAAUAAGUUUUUACUCUGAUUGAAGAACUCAAUAUCAAUAUUGUUUGAUAUUCUAUAUUUUUGCCCUUCACCUGCAUAAUGUUCUGAGUACUUCUUGAAAAGAAUUGGCGAGGAUUGUCUACAGCUAGUGCAACACUUUCAGAGUGGCUGUAUAUUUGCCGCAGUUCUUCAGUUGAUGACCUUGAACCUCUUACCACAUUGAUUGCUCCAAUUGCCAUCAUGCCUAGACUAAAAACAUAGCAUGGAUGUGAUUAAAAAGAUAAUAACUAUUACUGGAGAUAUCAUGCAUGACCUAGCAUGUUUUUGAAAAUAGUAUACAAAGUUCUGCACACCUUGAUCUGCUACGAGCCAGCGACAUGAGUUAUCAGCGAAAAGAGCAAUCUUCUCAUCAGGUACGAAGACAAAGGGUGGAAAGAUGGACGAUUUCCCCAUUACAAUAGGUUUGCAUCAAGAAAAACUUGCAACUUGUAUAUGAAUAGUACUGCAGACAAGUUUAUCAUAGAAGUAGUUAGUUGUUACCUUGGAUUGAGUUUGGCAAAAGACGCGAAAAGAAGAGGUUGGAGAAACGUUGGCGGUGGUGGCAAAUUUGGAGCGAGGAAGGGAAUUGAUGGAAUAGAAGAAGGUUGACGAAACAUGGUUGGAGGAGCUGAUAGGAAUUUGCGGCAUUGGAAUAUGGAGGAAGAAGAGAUAAUGGAUGAAGAGCGUGUAAGAGAUAUUAUUGUUAGUGUAUGAACAAGGUAGUCGUAAGAAAA